UCUUCUACGUGUAACCCCAACACCUGAACACAGGCGGCUUUUCAGCUGGGCUAUCAAGACUUAAUUAAUGUGGAAUUGCAUAGUUUCAUUUAUUCAAAUAAAAACGUUAAGUGCUUAUCUGUACAAUUCAAUAGUUGUCGCUGCCGGCAGUGGUCACCGCUGAAGCAUCAACAAACAAUAAACCAAUACAUUUUGUACAGUGAUUCUGCAAUGAUGAUGGUGUUUAACCAAAGACGACACAGCUGGUUAACAGCCGCCGGCUGCCUGAUGCUGUGCAUCAUGGCAUUCAAUAUGCCCGGCAGCGAUGCGGCCGCCGUAAUGUCCGUCGAUCUGGGCACUGAGUGGAUGAAAGUGGGCGUCGUAUCGCCCGGCGUACCAAUGGAAAUCGCCCUGAAUCGCGAGUCCAAGCGCAAAACGCCGGCCAUAAUCGCUUUUCGCGAUAAUACGCGCACCUUUGGCGAGGAUGCACAAACGAUUGGCAUACGCGAUCCAUCGGCCGCCUAUGGUUAUCUGCUGGAUCUGCUUGGCAAGACCAUCGACAAUCCCAUUGUCGAUCUGUAUAGAGAACGCUUUCCGUACUACACCAUCGUUGGGGACAAGGAGCGCAAUACGGUUGUGUUCAAGAAGAGCGACACGGAGGAGUUCAGCGUGGAGGAGCUCGUUGCCCAAAUGUUGGUCAAAGCGAAACAGUUCGCCCAGGAAUCGACACAGCAGGCGAUCACCGAGUGUGUGUUGACCGUGCCGGGCUUCUUUGGUCAGGCGGAGCGUGAGGCACUGCUUGUGGCGGCGCAGCUGGCCAAUCUGAAGGUGCUGCAGCUGAUCAAUGACUAUGCGGCUGUUGCCCUCAAUUAUGGCGUCUUCAAUCGCGUCGAGCUCAAUGAGACCGCACAGUAUUUUCUAUUUUACGAUAUGGGCGCCUACAAGACAUCCGCGGCGGUGGUCAGCUAUCAGCUGGUAAAGGAUAAGGUAACCAAGGAGACGAAUCCGGUGGUUCAGGUGCUCGGCGUUGGCUACGAUCGCACGCUCGGCGGACUGGAGAUUCAGUUGCGAUUGCGCGAUUAUAUGGCCAAGGAGUUCAAUGCGCUGAAGAAGACCAAAACGGAUGUCACCAGCAGUCCUCGUGCUCUGGCCAAGCUGUUCAAGGAGGCGGGUCGCUUGAAGAACAUUUUGUCAGCGAACACCGAACAUUUUGCACAGAUCGAGAAUCUGCUGGAGGAUCAUGACUUUAAGCUGUCGGUGUCGCGUGAGAAACUGGAAGAGCUCUGCUCUGAUUUGUGGCCUCGCAUCACCAAGCCACUGGAGGAUGCGCUUGCCACAUCCAGUCUAUCAUUGGAUGUCAUCCAACAGGUGAUACUCUUUGGUGGCGGCACACGUGUGCCACGCGUCCAGGAGACCAUUAAGCAGUUGAUCAAACAGGACCUGGGCAAGAAUCUCAAUGCCGAUGAGUCGGCCUCAAUGGGUGCCGUUUACAAGGCGGCCGAUUUGUCCUCCGGCUUCAAGGUGAAGAAGUUUAUUGUCAAGGAUGCGGUCCUGUUUCCGCUGCAAGUGUCCUUUGAGCGUGAUCCCGGCGAUGGUGCCGCCGUCAAGCAGGUGAAGCGCGCUCUGUUCGCCAUGAUGAAUCCGUAUCCACAGAAGAAGGUCAUCACAUUCAAUAAGCACACGGAUGACUUUGAUUUCUAUGUGAACUACGGCGAUUUGGAUCGGUAUAGCGAGAAGGACAUCGCUGCCAUUGGCAGCUUGAAUAUCACACGCGUUCAGCUGCAGAAGGUCAAGGAACUGCUGGAGAAGUCCAAGAAGGAUCAGGUGGACAAUAAGGGCAUCAAGGCCUAUUUCUUUCUGGAUGAUUCCGGUAUCUUCCAAUGCACGGGCGUUGAGUACGUUUAUGAGAAGCAGAAACUGGACGAGGAACUGGAUGAGGACAGCACACUGGCCAAACUGGGCAGCACCAUCAGCAAGCUAUUCACCAAGGAGACCGAAAAGGAGGAUGCUGGCACUGGAACGGGCACUGGAACGGGAACGGGAACUGGAACUGGCGAUGGAGAUGAGGCUGCCACACCCGAUCCAGAGUCCACCGAUGAGGAGUCGUCAGCUGGUGGCAAGGCUGCGGACAAAUCCGAUGAUCCAGCUGCUGCUGCAACCAAACCCAAUGAUGAUGAGGCCAAGGCGAAUGCCAAAAACGAGACCAUCAAACUGGUCACCAUCAAGACACCCGUGGCGCACAAGACGGAGCUGCGUUUCACGCCACCGCUUGGUGGCAGCAGCUACGAUACAUCGGCGGCCAAACUGCUGUCCAUCAACAAGAUUGAGGAGGACCGUGUGCGUCUGGAGUCCGCAUUCAACGCCCUCGAAUCGCACAUCAUUGAGGUGCAGCAGAAACUGGAGGAGAAAGCAUAUGCGGAUUGUGCCACGACUGCCGAAAAGGAGAAACUGCUGGCCGAAUGCAGCACACUGGCCGAAUGGCUCUACGAGGAUGUGGAGAAUCCCAAGGCGGAACUAUACGAGGAUAAGCUGAUGCAAUUGCAAAAACUCUCCAAUGUAUUCCUCUCACGCCACUGGGAGCAUGAGGAGCGUCCGGAUGCGAUCAAGGCGCUCAAAGGCAUGAUCGAUGGCGCCGAGAAAUUCCUAAUAACGGCACGCAAUCUCACCAAAGAAACAAAUCCCGAAAAGGAUGUCUACACCCAGGUGGAGAUCGAUACGCUCGCCAAGGUGAUUGACGAGACAAACGCCUGGCUUAAGACCGAGAGCGCCGCCCAGAAGAAGCUCAGUCGCAGUGCCACAGUGCGGUUAACUGUCAAGGAUCUAACCGAUAAGAUGGGUCUGCUCGAUCGCGAGGUCAAAUAUUUGGUAAACAAAAUCAAGAUUUGGAAGCCCAAGGUGAAGCCCGACAAGGAGAAGAAGCCCAAAGAGACUGAAACUGCUGGCGACGAGGACCCAGCGGCGGCGGAUCAAGGCAGCGCCAGCGGCAGCGACGACGAAAGCAAAGAUAAUACCGCUGGCCAGGCUGAGGCGCCGGAGGUGCAGGUGGAGGAUGACCAGGUGACACCAACACCCACCACUCCUGAUGCCAAUACGCCACAUGGCGAACUCUAAAAUUACUUUCAGUAGUGUGACAAGCUAGCGACAUAGACAGAGAGAGAGAGAGAGAGAGAGAGAGAGAAGGAGCGAAUGAGAUGGACAGAGAUAGAGAGAGAGCGAGAAAGAGAAUGCGACAGCAGCAGGAGCCACACAGAACGCAGGACGAAAUUAAAUGAGGCAUGCAAUUAGACAGGGGGUUGGGGUUGUGUGGUCUGGUGUGGAGCUGUAUCAUUUGUGUGCUUAGGCAAUCGAUUGGAAAACGUGAUAAAUGAGGGCGAGUAAUCGAGGAAUGUGUAAUCGAAUUUGCUCACGAUCUGUGGGAAAUGCAAAAGAAUUGACGUUGGAAGCUGGGCGGGGCGUGGGCGUGGGGUUAGUUAGCUCUCAACAAAUUGGGGCCCAAAGCAUUCCGUGCACAAAAACACACACACAACAAGAACAACAACAACAGCAGUAAAAAGAAACAGCGUUCAAUGUAUUUCUUUCUUUUCUUUGAAUUAUUUGAAUUAUUUUGUUCAAGCUAGCUAAUGGCGGGGUUAACUUAUAUUAUUUUAAUCUAUCUACAACUAAAGAAAUUAAAUGAAAUGUAUAAGAGAUAUCAAUUUUCAUUCCGUCGUGCUUUAAGUUCUUCAUUCUAUAUGCCUGGAUAUAUUAUCUAAAUCAUAAUAAUAAUAAAAAUAAAAAAAACAAACAAACACAAAUAAAAGACUUGAAGUACUUAAACUCCCCUCACAUACAUACAUUUAUCUAUAUUCAUGUGCUCACAUCUCCAAAAAAAAAAACAAAAAAAUUUUAAUGUAUCCUUAAUGUGAAAUAAAAAAACAUGCUGGGAAACAAGCUCAAAAAAUAAAAUCGAG